CUGUUGUAAGUGCACCAAUUCCGAAAAUUCCAAUCCAAUUUACGCUUGUUUAUUCCUCCUCCCCCUGAUCCUCGCCUCAGAAGCCACCAAGAAGUAGAAACCCCAACUCCACAGACAAGUCCCAUGAGUGUGAGAGGGGGCGUGGGGGGAGGAUCUUUAUAUAUAUAUAUAUGAUCCCAACACCUUCGAUCCCUCCUCAGCUUAACGGCAUGGCUAUUGUUUCUAUUUGAACUGAAUUCCUCCACCUUGUUAUUGUUGUUGUUGUUGUUUUGAAGAGGCAGAUCGAUGGUGGUGCUCAGUUGCGAUCCCAAUGACUUGGAAGGCAGCAUGCGGCUCAUAGAAGAGCUCACCUGCAAUGCUGGCCGAAUCCAGGAGGAGGUGCUGCAGGAGAUCUUGGAGAGGAACUCGGGGACGGAGUACCUACAGGGGUUCCUCCGUGGCCGGAGCAGCAGCGAGCAGUUCAAGAAGCAGGUCCCCGUGGUGGAUUACGAUCGAGUUAAGCCCUACAUCGACCGUCUUGCCAAUGGAGAGCCUUCGCAGAUCAUCUCCACAGAGCCCAUCUUAGAGCUCCUAACGAGCUCAGGGACUUCAGGCGGGAAGCCGAAGAUGAUGCCGUCGACGGCGGAGGAACUCGACCGGAAAACCUUCUUCUACAAUAUCUUGAUCCCCGUGAUGAACCGGUACGUGGAGGGGCUGGAGGAGGGGAAGAGCAUGUACCUGCUAUUCGUGAAACCGGAGAUCAACACGCCGUCGGGGCUACCGGCUCGGCCGGUGCUGACGAGCUACUACAAGAGUCGCCACUUCCGGAACCGGCCGUUCAAUAGGUUUAAUGUGUACACGAGCCCCGACGAAGCCAUCCUCUGUUCAGACUCGAAGCAGAGCAUGUUCUGCCAGCUGCUCUGCGGCCUGGUCCAGCGCAACGACGUGCUCCGGGUCGGCGCAGUCUUCGCUUCCGCCUUCCUCCGCACCGUCAAGUUCCUGGAGGAGCACUGGCGCGAGCUGUGCGCCAACAUCCGCGCCGGUCAAAUCAGUGACUGGAUCACCGACGGGCCCUGCCGCGAGGCCAUCAGCAGCCGAGUAUUAGCGCGGCCGAACCCUGCGCUCGCCGAUCUCAUCGAGGCGGAGUGCGGCCGGGAGGCAUGGGAAGGCAUCGUGCGGCGGCUCUGGCCCCGGACCAAGUACGUCGACGUCAUCGUCACCGGCUCCAUGGCGCAGUACAUUCCGCUCCUGGAAUUCUACGGCGGCGGCCUCCCGCUGGUGUCCACCAUGUACGGCUCCUCUGAGUGCUACCUCGGCAUCAACCUCCGGCCUCUCGACAGGCCGGCCGACGUCUCCUACACCCUCCUCCCCAACAUGGCCCACUUCGAGUUCUUGCAGGUCGUCGACGACCGGACCGACGCCGACGUCGAAUGCACCUGCGAUCUCAAGGUGGUGGAUCUCGUGGACGUCGAGGUCGGCUGCUACUACGAGCUCGUUGUCACCACGUUCACCGGUUUGUACAGAUACAGGGUGGGCGACAUCCUCAAGGUGACCGGUUUCCAGAACGCUGCUCCGCAAUUCAGGUUUGUGCACCGGCGCAACGUGGUGCUCAGCGUCGACUCCGACAAGACCAAUGAGGAGGACCUCCUCCGGGCGGUGACACGUGCCAAGCACCUGCUCGAGCCGCUAGGGUGGCUGCUGACGGAGUACAGCAGCUACGCCGACAGCGCUUCCAUCCCCGGCCACUACGUCCUCUUCUGGGAGCUCCGGACCACGGUCGGGAGCUCCGACAACGACGGCGUCCCGCUCGACUCGGCCGUCAUGGAGAACUGCUGCGCCGCGGUCGAGGCCAGCCUCGACGCCGUCUACCGGCGGUGUCGGAACCGGGACCGCUCCGUGGGGCCGCUGGAGAUCAGGGUGGUCCGCGCCGGUGCGUUCGACGCGCUCAUGGACUACUGCGUCUCACGGGGGUCGUCGGUGAACCAGUACAAGACGCCGCGGUGCAUCAAGUCGCCGGAGGCCAUCCGGCUCCUCGACGAGGUGGUGGUGGGGAGGUUCUUCAGCCGUAAGGUGCCCUUUUGGGAUCCCUGUGAUCCUUCUUCUUCCUCGUGAAGCAUGAUCUGCUCUGACGUACGUGACUAAAGAUGCACGGAAGGUGUUCGCGGUUGGUCCACUGUCAGUUCAGUGAUAACAGUAUGCUGGAUUGAUGAUUCAGGUUUAUCUCCAUUGAUCGAUUUGUCAACGUCAUGAUGUCGAAAUUAGUUUGAAGUUUGCAUCUGUUUGCAAAUUAAAUAAGAAUAUAAUAACUUACGCACGAGCACACAGGGCUACUGGAGAAGAGCAGGGCCUAUCACUGUGACGAAGAUAUGCCGAUUCCUAAUCUAACAUGCAUGCAUGCAUGACAUCUGACCACAUUAAAUGGGAUGUGAGGUGUUGGUUUCAUGCGGUUAAUUUGAUUGGAAGUGGUGUGUCCUGAUGCAAUCCAUGGCUUCUAGUGGCUUCAGGUGGAGGACAAGGGUGCCUCUCCUGACCUGACCUGACCUGGAUAGGGAUAAACAACCCCCCAUCAAAUUUUCUGUCAAAUUAUUGCUCCAUAAUUAUUGCUGUCUUUUGCCUUGAUCAGGUU